AUGGCGUCACAAACUCCGAUUGAGGACGCCAUCAGGCAAAAGAUCACCGCCGCCCUCAAGCCCACCACCCUCGACAUCCACAACGACUCGCACCUCCACGCACACCACGAGCCCAUGCAGGGUGUCACGUCCAAGGAGACGCACUUCCGAGUCAUCAUCACAUCCGAGAGUUUCCAAUCGAAGAUGCAAGCCGCGAGACACCGGCUCGUCUACUCCUUGCUGAAAGAUGAGCUGGCCCAAGAGGGCGGGAUCCAUGCGCUCCAGCUACGCACAAUGACCCCGGAAGAGGAGGCUAAGCGGAAAGCCCAGGAAGCCGAAGCGGAAUGA